CUGCCGCACUUUGACAUCAAAAAGUACAUCCCCUUCGACAUCAAGAAGUUUCAGAAGAUGGCCGCGCAGGCCGCGGGCCUCCCGUUUCGCGCGCUGAAGGUGCUGCAGAAGCACGCCGAGACCGCGGUGCUGAAAGCGCAUCUGCACGUCGCCGGUCCAGAUGAGAAACUGAGCAAGAAACAACAGUCCAUCGCUGAUAUGACAGUGCGCAAGAACUCCCCCUCGUUCUCAUUUCUCAUGCAAAGCCCCAGAUCCAGUUGCUUCCACCUUGUUAUCACUAUUAUGAUAUGUAUGACAGAUUCCGGAAGCUGCGUAAAAAUAAAAAAGCUAAACAGUCGUGCUACACUAGCCGCAUGAAAAAGUUGUCAUCCGUAGCCUCCACGUGAUGUGCUGGUGUUUGUAUUGCUGUUCAUGCUAUACAGAUGAGGGAGGUAGUUGUGACCGGUCAUAGCUGACGCGGCCAAGCGCGAAGCGGAGCAGAUCGCGGCGAUCCGGAAAAAGUACCGGAAACAGUACAUCAAGUUCAAGCAGAACUUCGCCAAGCUGAAAAAAUCUUUUUCCGAAAACAAGGGAACCCUGUUCAACUUGUUCCUGAUCCCGAUGAUGCUUUCCGGCCUCAUGGUUUUCUACGUCGUGCGCUACGUGUUGCGGCUGACCCUGCCCGAGGGGUUCAUGGGGUACGACUGGGACCAAGCACGGAACGAGCAGAUGAAGCCCAACUUCAUUCUGCUCUUCAUCUGCGAUUUGGGCUUGAUCGGUUUCGUCAAGGCUGCCUCGAAGAUCUAUUGCGAGGGCAGCACGAUCGAACUGUACCUGCCGGAUGCGCACGAGCACUGGGGGUUCUGGAAACCGCCACGAGACUUGAUGAACCACGUCUGUUUAACCCUGUUCUUCCUCUACCCGGUCGCGUUUCUCUACUUCACCGCACGCGAACUCGCGAAAAACCAGCGGCAGGUGAUCUACAACAAGGCACUCAAAGGGUACGCCGACAAGGAAGGCUGUUUGGAAAUCCGGGCGUCGCAGAACGCGCCGUUCCCCAUACCGGUGCUGGGGCAACUGGCGUCCAAGGUGAACUUCGCGAUGAGCACGAACAUCAAGUCCGUGUCGCCAAUUUUGUGGGCCAAAAACACCAAGGGAGAGUACAUCUACGACAAGACGAAAAAGACCCACUGGGUGUUAGGCCUCGGGACGAUGCUCGAGGGAAAAGUGAAGCUGAACACGUUGGAACUUGCGCAAUCUACAGACACCGCCCGCGGCGGCACGCACAAAUCCGACGUGUACUACCAGUGGGACCAGAUCAAGGUCGGCAAAGUCGAGGACAGCGAGAAAACCCCGCUGAAGGAGGGAGACGUGCUUUUGAAAAUUGGCAGCAGAGACGACUUUGAGAUGGACAAAACCGGGUACGAAUUGACCGACAAAAACGGGCGGAAAAUUAUCCGGAUGCGGGAAAUUCCCUACAUCUCGCUGUCCGCUCUGGAGGACGAGUUGUCGGACCGCUGUUGGGUAGAGGUGAGGCGAAAUGGAGAAAUCAAAAAGUUCCAAAUGCCCCCUGCGAAACUCACGACCGGAUUUGACGUGUGUACCGGGAAGGUGACCGGGGUCUGCAAGGGCGCCGCGAAGGGCGGGGGCGGUUUGUCGGCGCUCGCUGGGUUGACCACGACGGAGGAGCCUCUGUCCGCGACCUCGCAGCUGAAGUUGAACUUCAUGCACAGCUCAAUGGACAGCAGUAGCGAAGUGGUCACGACCAACGUGGAUCGCGAUUACGAGGUGCGGGUGUUCGUCGGGAGCAUGACCGACGGGUUCAGUUUUAAAUCCAAAAUGAUUCCCACAAAGGCAGGCGAUGAGUCGUUGGACAAGAAAAAAUCGGUGCGACGGUCCGACUCCGCGCCUUUCGGGUCCCUGGAUCCCUCGAAUUUGAUGAUGUCGCACGCGACCGACUCCAUCAGUUGGAAGCCGGCGAGCGAAGGGAACCAGUUGCAGGUGACGGAGCCGGCCUCGAUGGGCGCCGAAUGGAAAGAGCUUCCCGAUACCAAUUUGGGCUAUUACAAGUACAGUCUCAAGACGGGCGGGAAGUCUUUACGAACGGAUAUCAUCAUGGAGUACAAAAUGGUCAAACCCAGGGAGAGCGGAGACGACCUGAUGAGCCAACUGGCGGACGUAUUUAUUGGCAUUUAGAUGGAGCAGGACCAGGAGCUAAUGCUUGUUAGAACUUGCGUAUGCAGAAAAUAUGUAUGGCUUUUGCUGCUAGUCCUCGUGCUAUCGUAUUCUUGUUGCGAUCUUAAACUGAGUCUGGUAGUGUGUAGUCGACGAGGCAAGAACACAUGAAACAUGACAUGUUGAAUUUAACUACAUCAGGCCAAAGGCAUGUGCUGUGGCGCGGAGGGCGUUGCCGGCGAUAGCUCCAAGGGCCCGGAGUUCGACGUGGACGAUGCAAAAUUCUUAUCACACAGAAAAAAGCUGGCAGGGCACAUUUGUAGCGCAAGAAUAAACGCACAAAAAAAACCUGUAUUGCAUAUCGGAAACAGCAUGCUAUGGGGCCACCCAUGACAAAUUUUUGUGUGUGUUUAUUUUUGCCUUACAAAUCUGACCUGCCAGCUUUUUUCUGUGGGAUAAUUCUACCAGCGAAUUUACUCCGAGGAAGCCAAGUACGACGCCCACACGUGUUUGACCGGCAUGGGCAUCGGGAAACAGCCCUUGAAGCCGCAGUUCGACCGGGCCAUCACGGGGGAGCAGGUGCAGGAGGAAACUGAUAGCAAGGACGUGGUAUGCAUUGCAAAAGUAUCGUAUUCGUAUAAAUGCAAUACAAAUUUCUGCAGCAUGAGAAAUAAAAUUUGUAAUGCAGAUUUAGCUUAAGAAAGGGAUUUGUAAUGCAUGAUUGCAAUACGAGUACGAUACUUUUGCACAGGAUACGUGGAAAAUGUGGACAACCCCUGGUUCCGCGACCUAUCAAGUGCAAAAAUGUUUGGGUCUGAGAGAGCAUGAGCACAACUUUGUCAUGCACAUUUUCCAUGAUCCAUGCUUUCUGUGACGUAUGCCAAAGCAUCACAGAUUUUUUGAGCGCUUAUCUAUGCGCAGCCAGCAUGACAAAUACCCUCUCCGCGUAGCCGAAUUUGAAUCCUCUUGCACAGGUUUUUUUAGCAUCCAAAUGCAGCAUCACAAGACCCAGACAUUUUUGAAUUUGAUACGACCCCACCUACGACACAAAGUACUGCCGACGAAUCCUCCAGCUGCCCAUUCCGGAGAAGCUCGCACUGGAAAACGCGGACGGCGAAAAGGUGCUGGCUAACUUGAACCACAUCAACAAAAUCGUUUUGCGCGGGAUGGGCAGCUGCUCGCGGGGGCAGUCCGAGGUGUUCUUGGUGCUGCGGCAGGCGAGCCGGUCCCUGAAGUUGGACUUCUCCGUGGUGGGCUCGAGUUACUACGCGCGGUCCGUUCUGGCGAAACUGAAGGAGAACCCGACGCCCGGGCAGCAGGCCAUGGAGCGCACGGUGACCGGGUUGUGCAACGCGAUGUGGGAGAAGACGAAGGAGCUGGGCGGCCAGCCGAUCACGGACCAGUUUGUGUCCAUCGAGAAGUGGAAGGUGGUGCCGGGCAAUCCGUUUGCGGAGGCGAGACUACAGGUUUCCGUGGAUGUGGACCUGGACAAAUCCGGUUUUGUAGAACAAGGAACGGAGGACGGAUACGAUUUGAAAACCAAGGAGUUGGUGGACCACUGCGCCAAGGCGUUCCAAGACAACGGCAAAGGGUUUCUCACCCUGUUUCUCCGCGAUCUCGCCGAGUUGAUGGGCUCCGCCAUGACGCAGGAGGAAAAUACCGCGUUUGCGACCAUCACAGAGACCUUCAUCCCGACAAAGGGGAAGCCGGCGGCGAAGUGCUACCUGGAUUCGAUCAAGGAAAAGUCGAAACUGGGAACGUUGAAGAAAAAGCUCACGCAGAUCAAGUUCGAGGACGAUUUUGAUCACCCGUGUCUGAACCAGGCGGUGGGGAAAGACACGUUGGAAGUGUGGAUCUGCGGACCCUGCUACAACGGCGUGGAAGCGAACUUCAAGGUCGCUACGGCGUCCAUAACGUGCGAGAAGGACGCGGCGAGGACAAAGGAGCAGUUUGCAGAGGUAAAACUGCAUUAUCCUAUGUAAAAACGUACCCACCCCAUAGUUAAGAUGGGGAAUCGGCUAGACAAAUCCACAAGCUUUGGCUGUUUCGCAUGACAAAUUUGGACGCGUAGCGUAGUGCUGUUUGAGCUAGUUCAGCAGCAUUACAGAUCUAGUCUCUCAUGCUGAUUGGAGCAUGACAAAUUUCAAAACACCAUUAGAAAAUGCUCCUCAUGGGGCUCCGCAUGAGAAACAUUUUAAGCAUGCAGAUUUGCAUGGCAACUAUGGCGUGGGUACGUUUUUACAUAGGAUAUGCAUUCCGACGUGUUCUGCGGGCGGGACGGCAUCAGUGUCGAGGCCUCCGACGUGAUCGCGGCCUCCCUGGGAUUCCUGGCCAAAGACGGCGGAGCAACUUUGGCGAAAAAACAAACGAGCAAAAGUGGCGGAAAAGUGUACAGCGGAAUCGUGCAAAGUAUAGACAAGUAGAGUUGUUGUGUACGUUUUUCCUGUAUUUAUGUAUGAAUCUCUGUGUUAGUGUUUCGCUUUCGCUUUCGAGGAAACACUGAAACUGAUGUCUCUAUGUUGUCACAAGCCGCCUGCUGUAUUAAUAAAUAUUGUAAAUCCCGUGCCUGUUGGUCCUGUCAGGAACUCGCCCACCGAUGGGGUUAUGUUGACCACAUCGCUGCUAAAAAAGAAUGCGUGCAUACAGUAAUAGAUGAACAAGUAUGAAGUAGGUGACCACAGGAAUGAUCUUUUGUCUCUAACUGCCCCUGCCCCCUCUAUCUCUCUCAGCCGACCAAGACGAGACCACCCCUGCGACAAAGGCGCAGAUUAUGGAGCAAACCGCUCUCCACAAGGGUUUGUCCCCCGAGGGGGUCCCCUACCGUCUCUCCGACGCGUUUGACCGGUUUCCCAACGCGUACGUCGGGCGAAAACGGUUUCAACUCUCGGUGCUCGGCGACUUCAACUACGAGAUGGCGGGGCGGAUCGAAAACCGGCACGUGCCGGUCCUACACUACUUCUCGCCCGACUACCAAAUGGAGGUCCCCGUGAAGCACCUCAGCUUCCCGCGGCGCGACUACUACAACCACUUCUACUCGCAGAUGAAGGAAAACCAGCGGUGGAACUUCUUGUUUUCGCGCGUCAUCACGCUGGUGUCCAUCCUGAUGGUGAUCUACAUGGGCCAGGCGAAGUCCGCGAUGAACGGCGCACUCGACGCGGGGGCGUCGGAACUCUCCCACCUCACCGAGCACGAGAAAAAAGCGGCGGUAGCGGCCGCCAAGAAGACCGCGGAGACCAGUGCCGGGUUCGUGCAGUUGGUGGCGCUCUUCGUCGGUACCUUUGUGACGUUCGCGACGGCGGCGUAUCCGGACAUUAUGGAGGCGUACAAGGAGAAGGAGAAAGAGCGGCUGAACGAACUGAAAGAUGCGAACAUGAAGGAGUCCGCGAAGAUGUGCGGGUUGGUCGCGCAGUACGACAAACUCCUCUGGUUCUCCCAGAAGCAGCACCGCAACUUCGCGCUGGACGCGGUCAUGGACGGGGCAAGUUUCAUGUACGCGGCGGAGGUGAUGCUGAUCCUAAUUCUCCUGUUCGGCCACGAGGGGUCGCCGUUUGUCUUGAAGAUCCCGAUGGCGCUGGACGCCUGGAUGCUGAUUCUGGUGACCGGGUACACGCUGGUGAAAUUAAACGCGGAAUUCCUCGCCGUGCAGGCGGAGAAGAUGAAAAAGCGCAUCGCGGAGGCGGAUGACCGCAUCAUUGCGGAAUACGAAGCGAAAAUGAAGAUUUACACCGAGAUAUCCUGAGCAAAAAUAUCCCCUCCACCCUAUAGUCAAUUUGCUAAAUCUGCAACACAAAUCUCCAGGAAUUUUUGGGAGUUGUGCGUGACAAGUUUCCAUCUGCAGUGUAGUGGUGGUUAGCGAGGGAAGCCGCAUGAGAGAUCGACUUUGUCAUCCUGUUUACGGCAUUACAAAUGCCAAAAGACGACUAGAAAUGCCUCUCAUGAUGGGGAUGCGCAUUACAAAUGUUGAGCUGGGCGCGCUCAGAUGGCACCCCGUCCACGAUUUUCUCCCGAUUUUUUUAGAUUUUUUUUUUAAAAAAAAAUUUUGAAGUCGAUGUUUGCAGGUGCGAAGUGGCCUGCUUUGAGAGCCUGCUUGUGACUGCCGUCAGUCGUAUCUCAGUACUACAUCACGCCAACAGUAUUUCAACUGCACUUGCCCGCGAGUCAUCACCUGUUUUUUUGGUUGAGAUGAACAUAUACAAUAGCUGCAUCAAUGCUUAGACAUAAAAAGAUCGUAGUGCUACUGUGUUCGCGUUUUUUUUUCAAGGAGUGGUGAGAGAUAUAGAGCUAGCUAGCACGCAAUCCCGUUUUUUUUUUACUGUACGUACACAAUUAUGUAUUUCAUCGUGAUCUGCACGUCGCCCGGGUCCGUCGUCUCGCCACUCCGCAUCGCCGCGUAGCAUUCCCGCCUCCACCGUCAGCUGUCUUUUUACCGCGUCCUCGUUGCGACUUCGGAACCCGCAAAACCCGAUUGUGAUUCAUGAUGUAGAGCGGGUCGAUGCGGGGAAAAAAAGCUCAACCUUCCGUAGAAGGGAGGAAAAAUCCACUUCCAUCCGUCGGCAGCAAGCAGCAGAUCCAACAGCACCACCGCUGUUUCGUCCGCAUCUCGACGUCCACUUUCCAGUCGUCCGCGCCACAACGAAGGAUGGCGUAUUCGCAAAUCCGCAUUCGCUCCACGCCGCCACCACAGCUCGUCCACGCUGCGAUAGGAACCACCUGAGGUUCAAAGUUUGCGAAGGCGGACGGAAGUUCCACCGUCGUUCCAAAUCCGCACUCCAGCCUCCGCUCGUGGCUCCGUAGCAGCCAACUCCGCAUCGCGUCGUCGCAUCGCGGAUCCACAUCGCCGUUCGCAGGCGGAGCAGUCGGGCUCAACGCCGCAAUUCCGCUUUCCACAUCUCGCUGCCACCGCCGGUAAGUCCACAUCGCAGCUCCGCAUCCACUCCUGCCGCCGCAAAUCCGUCUACGCCGCCACGAGAACCACCAAAGGUUCAAGGGAAGCGAAGGUUGUCGUCGCGAAAUCCACAUCGCAGGUCCACCGCGCGGCUCCACAUCGCAGCUCGCCAACGCCGAUCCACAUCGCCGCUCCACAGCUCCACAUCGCAGAUCCACAGUCGCUCGCUCCACCGCAAAUCUCCGUUCACGCGGCGAUGGGAACCGAUGGGGGUUCAAAAAAUUCCAACGCUGCGGUCGCGGCGUCCACAUUCGCAAAAUCCACAGUCGCAUCUCCACAUCGCAGCCCCGUCGGCACUGAAUUCGCGGCGCAGCCCGACGGCCCGAUCCGGUGUGCUCGUCAGCACAAAGUUCAAACUACAUUCUAUUGCUGGCGUGAUGUAGUAGCAGGCUAUUUUACAGCGUAUGCUAAGGCACGAUUAUCUUUUUCUAUAGUAAACGCUACAGCCUCCCGAAUUUCUAUCCCGCCCGGGGAGGCGGCUUGCAUAAAGCACUGCACGCAUGCAACUGUCACACCGAUCGCGCUUUUCUUUACUCUGUAUAGUCGCACCGAUAUUACACAUGCGCUUCUGGUUCAUCACCGACUUUUCAUUUGUAUGCUGUGAUCUACACCGACAACGUUCUCACCGACUUGUGCAUUCAUGUCUUGCAUCGUGUUUCAUCAAAGUUUGUCAUGGGCAACAAGUAGAACAUUAUGUAGAAAAGAUGGAAAAAAGCAGCAACUAGCUGGACGUCGACUCUAUAACUAAGCUUUAACUUCCCCCCUCCUUCUGUAGAUGGUUCUGCUUGAACUCAAGUAGAACAUUUCUACAAAGGAGGAAUUUUACAUUUGCGUCAACAUCUCACACAUCCACCAUAACAGAGUUGUUUUUGAUAUAUUAUACAGAAAAAUUUUACAUAUUAUUUUUGAUUAACAACUCUGUUCCCGCUCCUAUUUACGUGUUGAGCUUUAUUUAUUAUUCCCUCCACCACGUGUGAGACUGUUGGAUAUGGGCCUCCUGCCAGUAGGAACAGUGAGUUCUUUACGAAAACAUUGAAGCCUACAAAUAUCAUUAAGUCCCCGACAAAAUGACUCACUGACUGACUUACUGGUCCAUACUUUUACUAUUAUGUACUUGUGGCAAGAUGAAACUGUGCAUUUUCGAAGUAUAAAAAGUGCGAAACAAUAAAUCAAUCAAAACCUAGCAAAAGUUGCUUGAGUAGUAUCCUCUGGUCGAUCAAACCGACGGUGAUGAAGCAGCAAAUAUUGGUAUGUAAAGUGCGACUAUUGCAAACAACUUUCACGGCCAAAAUUAUCCGUCCAACUACUCAUCCUCAUCAUCGGAUCCGCCCGCGACCGCGUUGUUGGCAAUGGGGGCGUUCACGUUGGCCUGCGCACCACCCGGCACGUGCAACUGGAGGUUGAUUCUGCGUCUCUGGGGCGCGGGCUGAUUGGCGUUCGCACCGGCCGGGUCGGCACCGUUCGGGAACUGGCGGGUGAUCUCACGCCAGAGCAAUUGCUUCUGGGCGGGAAAGAGAAAACUGAAUGGCACCGUCAUACUGUUGUAAGCCUGGGCGGACUCCUGGUACGAUCCUGAUAUUAUUUUUGGCAUGAUGUUGUAGAUGCAGUUUCGCAUAGUAUUAUGCUCAUUUUUGCUUUGCAUAAACCAAUCUGUCUUGCAUGCAGUAGGUCGUACUUCUAAUUGCUUACAACCAAGAAAUUUUCUGUGCGUAUACCGUUCGCCAAAGCGAUCCGCAACGGACCCUCCUCCAACUCCUGCAUGCGGCGGACGAACUUCUCAAACGUCUCACUCAACUUCUCCUGGAUGGACGGGUACUCGGUGAACAGGCGCGCUUCCAAAUCCUCCUUCAUCGCUAACAUGGUGUUGGCGCGGUCGGCAUGCUCCUGGUGCGCACCACCGGUGUAGCAGUUGCACAUCUCGCGCAUGAUCUCGUGCAGGGAACGCCAGCGGUUGCGGGCGGGAAAGCGGAUUCCACCCAAGAAGGCGAGCAAGUCGAUCAUCUCCUGCUGCGAUCCGCGGUUGUCCCAGUCAUGCAAGAAGUCAAAAGCGGUGCCAAUGGCCAGGAUGCGGUUGUCGAGGUCCCGCAGUUGCCCCUCCACGCGGGUCUGGUCCAUGGUCAACAAGUAGCGGCGCAAGGCACCAUUGUACUGCUGCGUGAAGUUGCCGGGCAAUUUGGUGUAGUACAACGAGGUCGUGUUGGUGUAGGCGUCGUUCAAACCGAUCAAAGUGGUGAUGACCGGGUGCGGCUGGGGCAGGUUCAUCCACUGGCGGAUAGUGUUGACCAUCUGACGCAUCAAGCCCUGGAGAUUUGCAUUGUAGAAAUUACAGACGAAACUAUACGACAAUAAAGCUGGCACUUCAGUAUCAAACUUGUUAUGCAGGAAGAUUCGUUUUUCUAUCAACCAAUAAAGUUCGCUCUCUCGGCUCGUGAUAACUCUCAACUCAAGCAGCAUGAAAAAGUAGUACCAAAUCAUGGAUCUCCGGCUGGGGGGGCACCUCUCCCUGCGCGCGCUUGAUCGCUUUCGUCACCAUCUCCUCAGCACAACGCGAAGUGUCGAGCGCGCGGGUCAAGUCAGCCUUGCUAUGCUAUGAAAAAAACCUUGGAGCAACACACUGUUUUCCUUUCAAAAGGUGCACGACGGGUGCACUCUUCGACUUUUUUAUCACUUCUUCUUGCAUUUCCUCCACUGUAUUUUGACGUCCUGUUCUCUUGGUACUUUUACAGUGCAGUACUUUCUUUUUUUCAAGUCCCAACCACGCGAACUCAUGAGCAUAGCAUGCAGAGUAAAAUCUGAAAGAGAAAACAGUGCUUUGAGCCAAGGUUUUAUCUUUGCAUCGUCGUACACGGUGAACUGGGCGUUACCGGUGCGCAAGAAGGUGCCGAGCUGAAUCUCCACCUGGACCAACAGUUCGGCCACGGCGGCAGCGCGGAGCAUCUGAUGUGGAUUUGCAGUAUGAAAUGCAACAUGCGUGCUCAUCGUUUCAGGAUAUGUUUCUUAUCAAUAUUGGAUGCUUUGUUCGUCAUCUGCGCUACACAGUAGUUCUGUCAUGCAUAGAAGCUAAAAACUUUGCUUCGUCAGUUUCCGACUACGCAAUACACGACUCAACCGAUGAAACGCGCUCAUUUUGCAAAAGGCACAACACUAUAUACGUCCAUCGCCUUCUCCCAGAACAACUCCUGGAGCGUCUGUCCGCCGUUGACGGGGGCACCCUGCAGCAAAUGGGUGGAGAUGGCGUCUUCCAGCAAAGACACCUGCUGCAGCUCGAUCGCAUUGCUGAUCAUCAUCAUGUUCUCGCGGAUCUCGGGCAUGUUGUUGUUGCCGGACACGAACGCGCGGGCCUGCGCGUACGCCCUGUUUUUUAUUGUCAGAAUGAUGUAUCUCAUGAAAUUACAGUUGCGUUUUUCUGUGGCACUGAAGCAUGAUUUCAAUGGACCGACGUAAGAUUACGAUGUGAACAGCAUCACUUUAUCAACAAAAACACACAAAUAUACCAGUCGCGAAACUGGACCAAGGUCCGGGGCUGGCGGGCCGCGGUCCGCUGGAAGGCACCACCCUGAAACAAAGCGAUGAUUCCCGCGCGCUCCACUUCAUCACGGGCUUCUGGGUGGCGCAUUAAACCGCACAGACGAUCGCACACGCCGAGAGCACGUAACCCGUUGGCCUCAUCGGUCAGGGAGGCAAAUCUCCCCUGGAGAUGGACCUGAGUCGUGGUUCUUGGCCAUGAUUUCCACUUCAAAUGGCAGUUUUGUCAUGCAGAAAUCCAUACUUCACAAAAGCAUCAUGCGAUUGUCAUGUCGGUCAAGUUUGUGAUGCACAAGUUCCAAAAUUGAUGUAGUACUGCCACACGACGUUCUUGAUCGAGCGUAGUAUGAUUGAAAUCGGCCCUUCCCAAACGGGCCGCUUCGCGGGCGAUGAUGUCGGUGCGCGUGAAGAGCACGAUCUGACGCACCGCCGAGGGCAACGCGGCCAUGGACCUGGCGAUGACGGCUUCGUGGGCCAGUUCGAGGUUACCGAUCUGGGCGUCAGUCAGGGUGGAAAGGUACUGGACGCGACUCAAAAAUUAUGCAAGUUGCAACUCUAGCUCAGCACCUCAGCCGCGUCAUGCAUGCCUGGCUACUUCAAAAAUGCAAAAGCGCAUGACAAACUCAUAUGAUCAGAUAUGCUAUUUCACAAGCAUUAAGCACGUAGUCGCACAGUUGGUCGAGACCAAUUUGCAUCAUAGUUAGCAUGACAAAGCAGUAGUGUAAGGUGCUGAGCUAGAUAUUGCUACCAUAACAGACGGGUCCGCAUGCGACCUUCCUGACGCCAGAGGGCACCCAUGGCAGCGACAUGAUUCGCGUCUUGCUGUAGUGGUAAUUUUUUUGAAUUUACAGUAUGUCUUUUUCACAUCAACAAGCGUCUGCUCAUCCAUGAUAAAGGCAUUCUAUGCAUGACAAGUUCAAAAAUGUGUACCGGCAGAGCUGCGUUCUGCAGAAACUCCUGGGCGACCUCUCCAGUGGGGUGACGGGCCAAUCUGUUUGCCAUCUUGACACGCUUUUUUUUUCAAAGGAAGAACUCUCCACAAAGGAAGAACUCAAGAAGUAGUUGGCUACGGGUUUUGUGUUGAUGAAGAUGAUGAAAAGCAAGUAUUAGAUGGCGCGCGUCAGAAAUUCAAAAUUGUAAAAUGAAAGUAUCCAAACAACAUCAAGAUCAUCAAAGCAGCCGCCUUUUUUUCUUCACAAUUACCACUGUCAAAGUGAGAUCUCAGAUCUAUCCCAUAACUUGAACUACAACAACAACAGUCAUCUCAUUCUAGGCACUGCAAUGCGCUGCUUCAUCUCUCACAAAAAAAAACAAAACAAAGAGCCGACUUAUUUGAUGAUGUCAGCACGUUUUUACCAAGUACUAUGUGUGCUGAAGCUUACGACACGACAACGCCAUCAUCGACGCCGAACUCACACAAAAAAAAACCUUGCUUUACUUCUGUAUUGUGCGCGCAAUUCUACCUCUAUGACAUACUUGCAUGCUGUGCUAUAUCAACUCGAGAAGUGCCUUCUUUUUUCAUGUAUGUUCCACUACUUGCAUGUGCAGUCUGUCAUGCUUCUUGUAUGUCAAUCCAGCGUACUCAAUUUAUGACAUGCACUUCGAAGUCUACUAAUUUGUCAUGCUGUGUAUCACAAAGCAGCAGUACUAUGCUGCUUCAACUUCCCAUGAAGAGUUGCGCUAUGUCCCUAUGUGUAUGCAUGAUGCUACUACUGUGUGGUUUUACUGUCACGCACUACGUCCAUCUACAGGUACACUGUUUGUAUUACAAGCUAUGUACUUUCACACGAAGUAAGGUCGUUCUACGCAGUUAAGAUUGUACAAAGUUGUCAACGCUUCUGGCUUAUAUAUAGGUCUUUUGCGCGAUGCUAAAGUCUACAGCUGUUCCUAUGUAAUAUUCAAUUUGUGCACUAUAUUCUACUACUUGCAAUGAAACUACUGUCAGGUACACCACUAUUCUACACGGCUGGCCAUCGGUAACUCGGACAAGAAGGCGAAGGUCAUGGCGCAGAUGGUCAACGCGUCAUGGUGGUGAUCUAGGGCUCGCAGGUAUCCGUUCGCCCAUGGUGACCAUCUCCGUUGCCGCAUGACCGCGAGGGUGAAGUAGUCGUGGUGGGCCAAAGUUCGAUGACCAGCCGUGAAGUUACUAUAUACUACUUUACUAAGCUUUUCUUGUUCUAGUAGUGCUCUUUUUGACACCUUCUACGCAUUACAAAUUGACGCUUUCUUGUCUACUUAAAGCUACAUUUUCUGACAUCCUUUAAAAAUGACGAUUUUUCCUCACAAAAAGUGAUCACUUUUCCUGCUCAAAAGUGAACUCGAAAAAUGAGACGUUUUGCAAAUUUGACCUCGAAAAAAAAGUCUUCUGAUUUUCUAGAAGGUGAACUCGAAAAAGUCUCGCGAUAAUGGAGAAUAUAAGUAGGACAUGAGUCUUUUUUCUAGACUUUUUUUUUGACUAUGCAGAUGCAAAAGGUGACUUCGAGGAGGAAAAGCGAGAGACUUUUUUUUGUGCUCAAAAGUGAUCAUUUUUGAGCUCAAAAAGUGACCACUUUUUGUGAGGAAUAAUUGAGAUUUCCUUUGAGAGAUGAAUUGUACAAUAAAUCAAUGCUUUUUGAACCUGAAACUGUGCAGAAUAUAAGUGUGUUCAACUACAACUUGAGGUGCCCGACCACCUUCACUGGGCCGGCACUUGGGACGCCGAUUCUGCGAGCACGUCAUGCUGUUUACCCGCACCUGCAGCAGCCAUCUUUGGCUGCUUUUUGGUCUUGGCCUUGAUCCUCUGCUUCUCCACAAGGACAUCGGCGAUUUCCAGGUAUUCUGCGUCGAUCUUCUGGAAAUCCAACCACGACGUAGUCGACUUUCCGGGCGAGAGGUACUUGUAGGUCUGGUCAGAAAUGUGCAUCAGAGCGUCGAACUCCUUCUGCCUGGUAGCGUCCUUUCCAGCACGUUCGGCGGCAAAAGCACGGAUCUCCGAGGUGUAGGCGGCGUACUGGGACUUCAAAACCUCCAAAUCAUCUUCGGUGGACUGCGGUUCGUACUUGCUGUUGGAGCUGGCUUUUUCGCAGAUGAAACGGCACAUCACGGCCCACCCGUUUAGGAGGCACUCGACCCAAAGGGGUCCCUCUUUCUCGCCAAACACCAUGCUCCUCAUGGGCCUCUUCGUCGACUGGCACUUCAUGUCCAGGUAGGGGUGGACGAGGAGCUUUUUCAUGUUGUUCGCCAGCUUGGUGUCCACGCACUUCAUGCUCAGUCGGACAGCAUCUCUUCCGGUUCUCUUGCGGUCAAACACCGUCGACGCUUCGAUGCAUUUCCACCCUUCGACUCUCGUUGCGAAGAGACGAUUAGCAACCUUCUGUCGCUCCAGCUGAUGCAGUGCGUAUUCCUUGCUCGAGAGGUGCAUCUUCGCCGUCGCAGAAAGGGCAGUCAUGCCCUGCGUUUCCACCUGCGUUGAAGCCUGCGUUUGCGGUUCCUCCACGACGAUCUUGUUCGUCUUUCGCCACGUUUCCGCAUGGACGUCAUCCGACUGUAGUGGCAUUGCUACCAUCUUGUUGUCGUCCAGAACCCAGAUCUUGUCGGUCGAUUUCGGCGCGGUCAAAGCCAGCAUCGUAGGCUGCAGAAACUUCUCCAAGUUGUCCUGCAUUUGGGCUUUCUCGCUAUUGCUAGCGGAGGCCCACCCUUCCCUGAGCACCUUGUCCUCCUCCUUUCCCGCCUUGGUCCGCUGCUGCCGGUACGACAGGUUGAUCCGUUCUCCACAGAACAAGCACGCUUUGCUUCUGCCGUCCUUUACGUCGACUUUCAUCGUGUACAUCGGCCCGAGUGUAUCCCGUGAAAAGCAUUGAAGCUGCAAGCCAAGCAUUACUACUAUGCAUUAGAUAUUUGCAUGAAAUAUGUAAAGGUUUUGCGCACAAGAAAUCAAAUUUUGUAAUGCAAAAAUCAACAUUUGUGAUGCUUGUCAUGUAGCUUCAAUGUUUUGGUUGCAUACAUCGUAUCCAGGUCGUAUUCGGUGCCGCGGUCGUCGGAGUACAAGUUUAUCCAGGUCAUUCGCAUCCUGCACUGCCACCACUCCUUUCCCGGAUCUUUCUGCAGUGCUAAUUGCACCGCUUUGAACGAUGAUGGAGACAGCACCACGUCUGAAAUGAGGAACGUGUGCAUUUCCCCCGACGGACGGUGCUUGUACUGCGUUAUGAAGAAUGGCGACAAUAACGACGACACGUCGUGCACCCCCUGCAGUACCGGCAUCGCGAUGUUGUCGUCUUCCCCAACUUCGUCUGCGUCUUCUACCAGCAGUUCGUCGUCGACUAUCGAUCGCAACAAUCUUAUCCUGCGAAGAAGGCCAAAGUUUUUGUAUGCAAGCAUGCGAAGCUUUCUGUUUCUUCGCAGGAUAAGAUUGUUGCGUUUCGAUAGCAUCAUCAUCCGGCUCGGCGAGGUUCAGGUGAGCUAGAUCACCGGGUUCGAUUCCAGCAGCCUUCUUCUCUUGUCGCAGCGAUUUCAGCUUACCGCGCUUCGCCCGGAUGAAACGCGAUAUCAGCACAGCAGAAGCCGGUUUAACUUUCGCCCGCACCGUCACCUCCGGCGGCUUUUCCACUGUAAUCAGCUGGUUGGUUCUGUUGCACAUAGCGGGUGCAAGUUUUCGAUAGUCGCCGUCUUUUGUCAAGUACUUUUGCAGCACUCGUUCCUGCACCCCUUCGUAGUACAGUUUCUCGCGGUUCACGACAGCAAAUUCCCGGACUUCUUCCUCCUCUUCUUCGCUUUCUUCGGCAUCCUCAUACUUCAGCUCCGCCGCUAGUAGCUCCUUCUUCUUAUCCAUUUCCGCUGCGAUGAUGGUGUAUUUCGCUUUUUCGUCGUCGUCCUUCCAGGAAUUCAAUUUGUGACACUUUUCUAGCACGUCCGCCGCUGUCAUCUUCACGUCUUCUUCACCGUCCUCCCACUGGUCUUCCCGUUUCGCAUCUAUCGGUCGUGUGCAGGCGUAGUGCCGUUUCGCUGCGGGUUCGCCGGUAUCGUCGUCUUCUUGAUCCGGUAGCAAGUACGGCCGGCAUUCCUCUUCCACCACCGAAGCCAUGUUUUGCCAGUCCUUUCUGUUUAGCUGCGCGUCCGGUCGUAUGCGUUGAAAAUAUGUAAAAUAGCCUCCUGCAAGUAAAAAUCAAAACUGAAAAAGCACUGCAGUUUGCAUGCAAAAAGUUACGUUCUCAUCAUGUCGUUGCACAGAUUCGUCAUGCCUUAUGUAGUAUGUGGUGCCUUUUCAGAAAAAAACCUGUAAUGCAAGAAAGCUAUGCUACACAUUUUCACUUCAUAACUCCGGGGAUACUCUUGGUUCCAGUCUUGCACCGCUUCGCAUGCCACUUGUAACGUCCACCCCGUUUUUCGCAGUUUUUGGUGCUGCGGUUGGCAACUUCGAGGCAUUCGGUGAGGGAUUUCAUCUUCGCUUCGCGGAUGUUCUGCGGCAGAUUCCGCAUAUACCGCUGUACAGAGUGAAGCGAUAUCGACCCGGGAUCCCCUUGCGUGUACACGUCGAACUUGCACUUGUCCAACUGCUCCAUGGCCUUCUUCAGGUCGACCCGCGCGUUCCCCAACCAUGUCUCAUGCAGAUCGCACUGCCCGUCGCGAUAGAGAAGAAUACAGCGGGAGAUGAUGAGGACGUGUUGUGCAUUUAUCCGCGCCAGCUCUAUCUGUUUUGCAUUUUAAUUCUAAAUAUGCAUUUCAACAGUCCUCGUGUCAUGCUGGAAAAUGUGCAUGACAAAAUGGAAAGGUUGUUUUAUUCUAUACCAGUUCAAGUUGCGCAUCCGAAAGCGUCACACUUCCGAUCCCGAUGCCGCACAUCAAAAACGCCAGAUCAUCCAGCACUGCCUGUUUGUCGCUGAAGUAGUUGUACGUGCUGACGAGAUCCUCCCGAAAGGUUUGCUUCAAUGCCGCCCGUCCUUUUUCCCGAACAUUGCUCCGCAGCGUGCUACCAUUAUAACGCUCGAUGGGGCGUAUCAAGUGAAGCAAAAACCAACUCGUCACCAGGAAGAGGAAUUGCGUUCCUGAUUUUGUUAUGAGUUGAAGAUGUAAGUUUGUCAUGCUGGAUUGGCAAAAAUGCAUGAUUUUUGCAUGAGAAAAAAUGUGCAUUUGCAUGCUUUUCUACCAUGCACUUUGUGGAACCGUCGAUGCAUGGCAAUACUAUGUAUUUGUAGCACCUGUCUUGUUGCGCAUGUCCACCGUAAAACCAUGCUCCAAGAUUUUCUCUUGGCCGAAAGAAAUUCUUUCGCCCAGUCCCGUAAAAAUUCUUCCUAGGAAGAACGCGGUCGCCAGGGAGAGCUGCGUCAGACACGACAUCACCGUCAGCCAUCGUGUCCAGACCGGACAUUUGAAGCCGCGGUACAGACAAUGCAGCGCUCGCAUGCAUUGAUGCUUGCUGUUUCGCGGGAUGACGAGCAACUUCUGCCGCACACUGCAGUCCCGGAAGAAGUCUUUUUUUUUCGUGUCCAUCGGUAGGCGGUCCAAGAAAGCACACAGCUUCUCGUCUUUGGGUGGUUUCUCUCCUUUGUCCCACGGAGCGAGCCAUUGCUCCACCUGGUCGAGGCCGUUGUGGAUCUUCUCCUGCAGCAGCUUGAUGCUGUGAACCUGGAUGAUAAAUAUAGAAAACAAUGUUGAUGCGCAUAAUAUUUCAUUUGUCAUGCGGAACGUCAUAAAAUUUGUCAUGCAGAAACGAAGCAAAUACUGCGUGGCUAUACCUGUAACCAAAGCCUUUUUUGCCAACCAACCGGGUCGAGGUUCAUCGUCCCCAGGUAUAGCUCCGCAACCUGCUUCGUAACAAGGGCGGUUUGAUGGACUUUACAGCGUUGCGUCCAAAGUACAACGUCGGACAAGUACUUGGACGCCAUGAACAGGCCCCCGACAUAAAACAAUGUCGGGAUUGUACUACCGCCGGAGUCCGUAACCGGCGACCAUACUUUGAUGGUGUUCUGCGACCAGUUACUGAAAAAAACUUCCGGCGAGUGAUACGUCCAUAACUGGUCUGCCACCUCAAAAGCUUCACUGUACCCCCGGAAUGCUGAUUUUUGGUUUUGUUGUCGUGGUCCAAAAUCGUAGCUCGAUGGGUACAUCACAGUAUGUGAUGGCAGGAAGACGGAGCCCAUUUUGUCGAUGUUGCCACAGCAAAAAGUUAUUGCCACCAUGCUGAUCAUGACGUGGGCAAACACUUUUAUUUUUCCGCGAAUGCUAUUCUCGAAUAGCAUGUUUUGGCACGUAGUGCCAUCUAUUUCGACUCGAUAAUGUACGAGGGAAAGCCUGCUGCUGUCGUUGAAGUAGGUCUGGCUGAACUCGAAACACGUCUCGACCAGCAGUGCGGCUAGUUUCCACAACUUCCUCGGAGCGAGGUACGACUGCGAGUUGAAAAAGGCCGCGCGCUCCUCCUGUUUUUCGUUCUGUUUCGCCGCCGCAUCUUCUUCUUGCUUUUUUGUCUUCGGCGCCUGGUUCUUCUUCACCAUUUUCCUACUCCGUGUUGUUACGCCGAAAAACUGGUGCGGAAACACAAACGACGGCGGAAGAACAGGACCGCGCCAGUAGAUGCGGAUGCAGUUGUUAUUAUAUAGCUUUACUUAGAUGGGAUUGCGUGCUAGCAAAUUAAUUAUUUUAUCUUAGGUAUGUGGGUAUUGCUUAGUUUAAAAAAAAAACCUGCCUGCUAGUAGGAGAAUAGAAUAUGCAUUUUGUAUUUCCAAAAAAAAAUACUUGCGUUUCCCCGUUCUCGUGCUGGCACUCUUCCGCAGCCCUUCCCUCCUGAUAGCGCAGCCAAAAAAUCUCUCAGCCUUCUCUUCUCACACAAAAAAGCAGCUCGUUUGGUAUUUCGAAAAAAACGUCGCUUCUUGCAUGACAAAAAAAUUACCGAACACUGCCUGCAAUUAUUGCAGAUGUAGUUGCAGUUCGCAGCCGCUUCUCGGCGCAAGAUGUUACUCGCAGCGACACUGCGAGCGCUUUUGUUUUGUGUGUAUCUCCCACCGCCCGGUCGCGCUACCACUUUCCUACCGCUGCCUCUUCUACCCGCGCCGACUGCUUGCCCGGUUCUAUUCUGCAGAGGAAAGAUCUUGUUGCUAUUCACGCGAACGCGAACAGGUGCAGAAUCGUUUCCCUUUUUUACAAAAUAGCCGACUAUACACAAGCCCGCUACAGUUAGAAAGGAAAAUCGAUAAGCUCUUUUGCCGUACUACAUGAUCGUCGUGCUAUGCAUUUCGAAAUGCAUAGCACGAUGAUCAUCGACAAAAGACUUUUCGUUUUUCUCUUCAGCCUUCGAAGUAGCAGCUCUGUAAAAGUCCUCCGCUGUGUGCAGCUGUAUCUCAAAACCGAAUACACGAGGGUCGACGGUAUUAUUUGGCUGCGAAAGUUCGCAGCCAAAUAAUCGAGUAACAGCUGCACGUUGAUCAGUACUAUUUUAUUUGCGCCGCACAUCCGCGUAUGGAUUGUUGUGUGUCGUGAUUACUCAUCGACACACAAGAAUCCAAACCUGGGCGCUAUGCUACGAAAAUAGUACUGAUCGCAUCGCGGAAAAAAAACUUGUCGCCGAGAAUCGAACCGGCGAUCGCAAAAAGGGUGAAAAGGGACUGAGACAAACAACUCGGCCCCUUACCCGCUCGGCCAAACGGCCGAGCGGACUGCAUCGGUCAUCGACCUCGGAGACCCUAUCACAGCCCAAUACGGGCUGUGUACGUUGUCGACAUUUUUGAUCAUGCGUUUCCGCAUGAUAAACUGCUUUGAGCGACACGACGACAGCCAAGUCGUCUGUCGCGAUAGAAGUAUAGUGCCGGGUUUCGAACCCGACCUCGCGAAGGGUGAAAAGGGACUGAGACAAACAACUCGGCCCCUUAACCGCUCGGCCAAACGGCCGAGCGGACUGCAUCGGUCAUCGACCGCGGAGACCCUAUCACAGCCCAAAACGGGCUGUGUACAUUGUCGACAAAUUUGAAAAUGCGUUUCCGCAUGAUAAACUGCUUAGAGCGAAACGACGACAGACAAGUCGUAUGUCGCGAUAGAAGUAUAGAGACGGGUUUCGAACCCGACGCUAUCGACGGCCAAAAGGAACUGACGGAAGCAGCUAGAUCGCUAUUCCGCAUGGUAUGGUGGAGGAUCGACAAGUCGAAUGACCACCAUACCAUGCGGAAUAGCAUCGAUGCAGCAUACCAUGCAGUUUCGACCAAAAAAAUGAGAUGAGAAGGCGAAACCGCUAUAGAAAUGCACCUAACGACGUGAAUAGCAACUUUGUUUCCAAUGCAAAGUAGACCGUUUUUUUCCAAAAUUUUUCAAAAAAAAAAAAUCUCAAAAAAUUGAGAGAAAAUCAGAUGACUUUUUUCAUCUGAGGCGCCCAGCUCAACAAAUGUUCCUGCCAUCGCGCAUUUGCAUGACAAACUCUGGGGAGGUGGGGGCGUUUUUAGACAGGAUACGAGAAGAAGAAGCAGGUCAUGGACUUCUUCGACCUAAAGAAGUGGAUCGAGGGCUUCAAGAAAAAGAAGGCCGCGUACCAGGACAAGAUUGACGCGAUUCAGGACCGCAUAACCCAGGCCUUCGCGACGGCGGAGAAACUCCGCCAGAUGGCGGAGGCGCGCGCAAAGGCGGCGGAGGAGGCCGAGAAGAAGAAGCUGGAGCAGGGUUUGGUCGAGGAGGGGGAAACGGAGGACGAAAUGGAGACGGUGUUCAUCGGGAAAGUGAACGAAUCCCCGGCGAAGAAGCCGCUCCUCUCCACGACCGCCGGCGCGGGCGACGUGGAGAUGACAGCGUUCGGGUCUGACAAACCCCUCCCCAGCGCACGCAGACAAAAAUUCGACUCCGUGGAGAGCUCAAAUUCCGCCCCUCCGCUGACCGCUAGAACCGUGGAAAAACUCGCGGCGAGCGAGAAGUCGAAGUGGGACGACAUGCUGGUGAAGUCUGCUGGCGAUGUCGGCGCCGCACCUACCGCCGAUUCAGUAGACAGCAUCACCGCGCCCACGAAAAAGUCCGAGGUGGUGGUGAUUCCGGGCGCGAAAGCACUGGUCGAGGUGCAGGCCGUCACCGGGUUGUCGCAGCAGGGCCCGUUCGUUACGCUCGGGAAGCUGGUCCGCGCGAUUUUGAAAACGAUCACCUACCCCUUCGUGGUUCUGCUCAGCCGGGAACAGUUGUCCGCCCUGAUCAAAUCCGUCGCGGCGGUGUUCGGAACCCUGGGCGUCAUGUACGCGCUAUUCAGCACCGAUUCGACGUUUUCCAUGGUGUUCAUCCUGGCGAUCACCGGGGUCGUCGCAAAAGCAAUCUUCGACGCGGGCGCGCGCGCGGCCACGCCCAGCGAGGCGGAGAAGGAGGAGCAGAAGCUGCAGCAAAAAGCGAAAGCGCUGCAGGAGCGAGCGCAACUGGAGGCGAAGAAGGUAACCUCCAUCCACACCAAAUCGGUCCUGAAGGACGACGGGUUAAACGCGAAAGACCACGUGGUGUCCGCGUUGGAAGCGUGCGAGGCGGUGGACGCGGCCUGGGCCAAGGGCGAGCACACCUUCGUGAAAAUGCCGCCGGCGAUGAUAAAAACCCAGAAGCGGGUGGUGCCCGACGUGAACCGCGGCUGGUUUGAACUGAAAUUGAACCACUUCGCGGCGGGAAAGCAGCCGGACGCGCAGGAGAUCGGAACCAGCCUGAACAGCGACGACAUGUUCACCAUGAAGGAUUACGUCUUUGACGUGUGCGACAUCAUCGUGGACACGUUAGGUUUGCGAUUGCCUUCGGACGUAAAGCCGGUCAGACACACCAAGACGCUCACGAAAAAACUGCUGCAGGUACUAGAAUUGAUUCACUGCUAGUAUCGGAUGAAAUUGUUGAAUGAUCAGCAUGAUGGUAACAGGAUCACUGCGGGGGCAAACCUGGUCCUGAAAUGAUGAUGCUAUGCGAAUGCAACAAAAAUUCGCCAGAAAAAAAAUAAAAAGAUAAACUCAAACACAGGUUAACAAGCCUCUCGGAACUACCCGUGACCUUGUUCAGUCCUUUCCGAUCCAGAUUUCCGUCGAGACGCUCCGGGGCGAAGCGGAGAAGAACAACAAGCAAACGCAGGUCGCGUGCACUCUAUCAACUGUAAAAAUGUCUGGGUCUGGAAGAAUUCAUGUUUGUCAUGCUUGUCUGGCAUGGCUCUUAAAUCUGUCAUGCACGUUACCCAAGAGCUCUGCUUUUCUGUGAUGCAGGAGCGCAGUUUGUCAUGCAGAAUAGGCAACACCUAGGAGCUCAGAAACUUGUCAUGCUGAGCCAGCAUCUGUAGCUUCAUCAUGAGACGCCACCCAGCAUCACAAGUUUCCAGACCCAGACAUUUUUACUUUUGAUACACCCUGCAGAUUGUGAAUUUCGUGGGGAAGGGGCAAGCGGACCGGGCCGAUAACGACAGCUACUUGACUAUCAUUUGUAAAAACGUCCCCACCCCAGAGUUGUGAUGCAGAUUUGCAAUGACAGGAACAUUUGUAAUGCGCAUCGACAUGAGAGGCGUUUCUAGUCGAGUUUUGGCAUUUGUAAUGCUGUAACCAGGAUGAGCAGGUAGAUUUGUGGUGCGUUUUUCCUUGCUAGCCUGCACUAUACUAGGGACUGCAUCUUGUGAUGCGUGAGUCCCAAAACUUCUGGGUUUGUGUUGCAAAAUUUCCAUCUUGACUCUGCUGUGGGGACGUUUUUACAAAUGAUAUUGACCCUGACCGACCAGAAAACGAUCGGCGCGAAGAAGGGCGCGGGCGUGAACAUUGACACGUACAAGGUCGGCGACGACAUUAUUUUCAACGACUUGAAGAAGGGCGACCUGUUCGAAAUCGUCCAGGACGAAGAGGGGGAGGAAGUGACGCGCAUCCCGAAGUUGGCCGACCAGGGCGCCUGGCAGAAGGCCACGGACGGACAGAAGCUCACGAGCGCCGACAUCGUCUACGAAGACCAGGAGCCGUUUGAAAUCGCCGAAGACGGCGGCCCGGAUUCGCCAACGGGAAGUACUCCAGGCACCGAAAUAAACGCCCUCGUACGCAAUUGCCGCUGUCUAGCACUACAGGCGGACCCUCCCCCAUACAUCACUUCAGUCAAACGUCAGGCGGGCUCUAGGGCCUUCGUGGUCGUAGUGCCUGGGAGAUUCACACUCGCUCCGGAGCCGGCGCCACGCCCUGGGCGACAAAGCAAAAGCGCUUUGCCGACGGCUCGCCCCGAAAAUAACUUGUGCCGGGGCGCAGUGUCGCAAUGAUUAUUUUUCGCGCAUUCUCCAGGGGUGAGAAACGCCCCGCGUCGGCUUUUGGAUUCGGCGCCCCCCACAUUGAAGUUUCGCGCCUUUUCGUGCUAUGCGCUGCCAGGCCAGGUGCGGCCACGCCGGCGACUUCUCUGCCGUGGUGCAUAAGUAAUAAAUAAUCUGCCUUCUUUUGCGUACGAGCGUUGGCGAGGCGAUUCCGCACGCGGGCCGCUGCUGCAGCGCGGCCUGCCCGGCUGACCUCUUUGUGCGUGGGAUUCUUUCUCGACUUGGUCUUGCACGGCCAUACUAGCGAGGGGUAAUGGAAUCAGGCGCGUUGUUUGUUCGUGGGCUGGAACCGCGGGCGCUUCGUCUUGCGACGGCGCCGCCUUCGUGGUAAUUGUGCAAUCCCUUCCACCGUUGGUUUUCAACGCAUAAGCAUGAUCAGCGUGCGUGCCGAUCGUUGUUUUGCGUGUUUUCCCCCUCUUGCGCGGGCGGUGCAGCAAAGGAAGUCUCCAAAGCCCAAGCCGGCGGAACGCGGGUAGGCCUGCACCGACCCCACCGCCUGCGUUGCGUAGUGCGAUGGGGAGAGCCCGAAGCGCUCACACUUUUCGCAGAGAAUCGCCUUAGGAAGCGCGCUGGCCUGGCAGGAAAGAUGGAAGCGCGGGGGCGCCGCUUGUUCCAUCUUGCUUGCCUUGAAAAAAGGCUCGGGGAUGUUUGGUUCUUCCCUGGCUUUGUUGUCGUUGCCCUUUCUUUCUGCGGCCGGGGCAUUGGUAGGUUGCAAAAAAGCGCAGGCAUGGCCCAGUUGUCCGGAAAGGAGGCAAACCGUUCACCAUUGCCCCGCAUCGAUCGGGCGGGCCAGGCACCGCGGGCGUUGCCAGCCUCUCACGGUUGGACGGCGGGGCGGGGCGUAGCUCUCUAUGGGCGUUGGCAUUCAUGUUUCAUCUUGUUUGUCUUGCUAGACAGGUCGUGUAGCUGCUUAUUCCGUACGAGGGCGUUUAUUUCGGUAUAUCGAGUACCAUGCGCGGCGGCGGGGCCCGGUUUGAAAUCGCGGAGGACGGCGGCCCGGAUUCGCCAAUAGGAAGUACCAUCCGCGGCGGGGCCGGCACGAUGAUGAACAACUACGUGGAGGGCCAACACAGCGCCGCGCCAAAGUCCCCGCUGCGGGGCAAGAAUUCGACCGAUUCGCUCGACGGCGCGGUCGCGAUGGAGAUUUCGAAAUGGCGGAAGCCGGCGCUGCUGGAGCUGCGGCCGGACGACUUGGAGAAAUCAAACAGCAGGGCGACGAUCUACGAAAUUGAGAACACCUACGGGAACUACGCGCACGUGCCGAGGGAGCUCCGCGGCACGCCGCUGCCGCAGAAGCUGGUGCGGUUCAAGGUGCGGAACGACGACGGCGAGAAAUUCUCCUUUGCGCCCGUGAAGCCCGGGGCGGGGCAGGGGCUGUUGUGCAAGCAGGAGGGGGAGCUGAGUUUGGAGGAGCAGAAAGCGAGGAAGUGCGCGGAUUGGUUCAACGCAGUGGACGGCUGGUUCGAAGAUUUGGGCGCGAGCAGCAACCUGCGGUCCAACGUGCACGCGGUCUUCGACGAGCUGUUUUGGGGCAAGGACACCAUGACGCAGGGCGGCCGACCGGCGGACGUGAACAGUGAGCGGAAGAAGUUCAAGAAGGGCGAGCGCAAAGACCUCCCGAACCAGCAGAAGGGGCUUUUGGCGCGCGUGUUGGAGCGGAAGGACGCGGGGUUGACGGUCAAGGAGUAUUUUGACUAUUUGAUGUACGGCGCAGAGGACGAUAACGAGUGGCCGGGCUUCAUCUACUGGUUCCGCUUCAAGCCGAAGGGCGAGCAGGAAGUGGAGCAAUUGAACAAAAACCCGAAAUUUCGCUACGGUGCGGUCGUGCCGCCCGGCCCGAUCGUGGGGGCGCUGGCCAAGCCGGCGCUGACGCCGCAGGUGCUCCACGUGGUGCUCACCGACGCGGAUCUGAGGGCCCCGGGCGACGUGGUCGACGCCUGGCAGCCGCAGCGGGGAGAGCCCCACACCGCGGAGAUGUUCAAGCUGGACAAGGAGGGCUACAGUCGCGGCGUCGUGGGUCUGCUGAAGCUGCUCCCCGACAAGUUGCAGUUUGAACAGCCGGUGGGCGACGGCGAGGUGGAUGCGGAAACGCUGGCCGACACCUUGAAUUUCGAUUUUUCCGACACCUACGCAAUGUUCCCGGUGGUCAAGGACGUUUUCAAGAUCAACCCCAAGAUUAUCCAAGACAGCAUUUUCAUAUACAUCACACAGCCCACUACCACUUUGAUCGCGUUGCUGCAAAGUGACAUUUUACAACAUGCAGCAGCAAUUGUAUAAAGCAGAGUCCUGCUCUGAUUCAAAAGAACUUGCCGAAGACCAAGUGUGUAGUUAACUGUGAUGGUGAUAGAUGAUUCUUUCCUCCAUAGCCACCGGGGUGGAGGAACUGACAGUGACCGGAAAAACGUUGUACUUGCAGAUGAAGGGCGGCGACAUCAUCGCGUUCGGGAUGGACCAGAAGAAUAUCAACUGCAAAUAUGUCUGGGUCUGGACGAGGGAUGCGAACUUGUGAUGCUGCGUCUGGAUUCUGCAAAAAUCUGUAUUACAUGAAGAGCAAAAGAGGUCCACUUUUUGCCAUUGCGAGAGGGUAUUCGUAUUUCGCAUGCGGUAUAGAAGGCAUCAGAAAUCCCUCACAAAAUCUGUGAUGCUAGGGCAUGCAUCACAGACAUCAGGACUCAUGAUGCAAAGUGUGCAUCACAAGCCUUGCAUCCUUCCAGACCCAGGCAUUAUAUUUGCGAUGCAUAAAGAAGAUCGAGAUGUGGGCGGACUUGAUCGAGAAGUACCAGAUGUCGACGCCGCAGCAGUUUAUCCUCGGGUACGACGGCAACGUGUCCGAACACCCGGAAGACCCAAAUCUGCAGAUUCGGGAGGGCAAGCAGGGCUACCAGAAGUUCUACCUGAAAUCGAACUGCCCGGGCGUGGGGUACGUGCCGAAGUCGCGGUACUGCGGGUCCUGGAAAAACCACAAGUACCACGGCGACGGGAUGUUCUACAAGCUCCAGGUCGCGGAGAAGUGUCCGCACGUGGCGCUGUACCCCGGUUCAAACAACCCGUUGGGGCACAAGAUGAAGGACGUGUUCCUGCUGAACGACCGCGAGCACCUGCACCACUCCAAGGCAAACUACGAGCGGCAGGUGAUUAUGUACGACGGGAACUUCGAGAACGGGCUGCGGUGCGGCAAGGGCAUGGCGUUUUUUCCCAUUCCGACCGCGAAGGGAAAGCUCCUGUACCGGUUCAACGGGGUGUGGUGCAAGGACCGACCGGUGUUGGGGGAACUGAUGUACGUGUCCGGCCCGAUCGAGCAGGGCUCGCUACCGCAAGAAAUAAUGGGGUUGCAGUUUGAGACGAUUGAUGCUGUAACUUCAGCUCACACAAUGAAUUUACUCUGCAGAUGAAAACUUGCAAACCACCAAAGAUCAUCUGAUCAUCAAGGAAAUAAAAACGUAUGAAACCGCGCUCCUAUGUUGCAUAUUCGGCACGGUAGAACUUGCCUGUGUUGCAGCUUGCAACAGGAGCAACGCAAUGUGUGACUGUAACACCUCCUUUUCCUCCGCAUACCCACCCACGAUGAAGUACUACUUUGGCACGGUGGUCCCCUUGAACGCGGGGAAGAAGACCGGGGACGGCAAGGCGGAGGAAUUUUUGAAAACGCGGCUGAUGGACAUAUCGCCCUUCGAAGUGUACGCCGCCGCCUGCCUGUCCUGCGGGUCGAACGGCAUGUCCCCCUCCCAGGUGCUGUACCAGCUGAAGAAGGACUACGCCGCGCUGAUCUCCAUCAAGUCCAAGAAGCUCGAAAAGUUGGCGGAAAUGACGGAGCCGCUGAACGCAAAAAUCGAGGAGACCAGGAGAACCUACGGCUACUACGACGAGCCCCUGAGCGACUUCGAUACCUACAUCCUGUCGCGCUGCCUGGAGCCGUUGAAAAAAAUGCCGAACAUCAAGAAUCUGAUGGAACCAGAUGGCAAGGACUACUUCCGCGACGGGCUCAACAUCAACGAUUACAAGUUCACGCAAAAGCUCAACGUGCGGGAUUUAUCCAAGGAGAAUAAAGUGUGUCAGUGUAACUAACUUGUGUAUUCACUUUGAAGGAACAGGCAGUAAAAAUUUCUCAUGCAUGAUCAGCAUGACAGACGCAAACGCAAUCGCCUCCUGCACGUAGUUGCGCAUCACAGAGCUACACUGGCAGUCUUGUUUUCGUGGAUACGAUUUUCACUGCGACGAGUACAUCCGAGACGACCUGGACGUUUUGUACAAAAAAUGGUUCAAAUAUGAGUGCUAUGCAUCACAAAAACAUCGCACUUGGCUGUAGAAUGCAUUUUUACAAAUUUCAUUUUUUUCAAAUGAUAGACAGCGACUCAGUGUCAGCGAAAUAUGCAAAAAUUAUCUUCUGUCAUGCAAUUUCAAAUGAAAUUCAAUUUCUAGCUCUACACUUGUUGCGAUAUGCAGUCCCUUAUUUCCUUGGGAUAAGUGCUAUGAUGACGAAGAUCAGAACAGCAAGCAGUCCGGAACGAUCUACGCCGUGGACGCGGAUGACAAGACCAAGUGGGAUUCGUACAAAAAAGGGCUGGCCUCCCUGGCGGAGGACUGGAACAAGUUCCAAAAAGAAAUUGCUUUCGAGGACGCCAUUAUGUUGAUGGAGAUGGGCCGCAAGAAAAAGCCCAAGUGGAUGAGCAGCCUGCAACAGAAGUCCUUCUGUGAGGACUUGUUGCUCCAGUGCCUCCCGGCAAAGGAGGUCGCUCCGGCCUGGUAUUCGCAAGUCUCGGGAUACGAAAACAAAAAAUUGCCACGCGGCACGAGAAGGCUGUUGUCGGUAAAAAAAUAUUUGCAUGUGCAUGGAGUACGCUACUUAAUUCAAACGCAUUUACCACCUACUUUACUUCAUCGCCUCCGACUAGGUACAAAUUGAAGCUUCGAAAAAAAAAUUUUUUGGGGCAAUCCACCUAUUUAUCGUGUAGCACUUUUCGUUUUCAUACGGCAGAGGUUUACGCGGAGGAGCACGCCGAGAUGAAGGAGGUCUUCCGAUCCCUGAGUCGCAAGCUUUCCGCAAUUUUCCCCACCGCACCAGCUUUCAGUGAGGAGCUCUGGGAAAAGAUGCCCAAGGUUUCCAAAACGGUCACAGAGAAGAAAUAUGCUUAGCAAGAGUGUCGCAUUGCUCGCUACAUUAUAGAUCAUGACCUUUCACUUAUACGUGACGCAGCACCACAAUAAAUUUCAUUUCAUUUCCUUCGGAAAAUCAUGAAAAAAGCAGCCGGCGUUUGCAUAUUAACAUUUAUCCGACAGCGCGAUACUUUUUCCAUGCAUGAGAAGCUUGCGAAUUCCUUUGCAAGCGGGUCAGACUUGGAUUUGCCGACGCAGUUCACCUAUCAAAUGUAAAAAUGUCUGGGUCUGGAAGAUUGCAACUUGUCAUGCUGAUUUUGGAUUCUAAAAAAAUCUGUAUUGCAUGAGCAGCAAAGAGAGUCCAAGUUUUGCUACACGGAAAGAGCAUUUGUCAUGCGGUAUAGGCAUCAGGAAGCCCUCGCAAAAUAUGUGAUGCUAGGGCAUGCAUCACAGACAUCAGGAGUCAUGCAAAAUGUGCAUGACAAACUUGGCAAUCUUCCAGACCCAGACACUUUUACAUUUGAUAUCACCAAAUACAUGGGCCGCUUGCUGCAAGUCAAUGGCAUCGUGGACGACGCGGGUCUGGUGGCGGAGUUCCAGGACGAACUGCUGGGAAUGUACGACGGCCAGGACAAGGACGACCCCUGGACGCAGGGCAAACUGUUUGAUUCCUUAAAAGACCGGCUCUGUUUGAACGGGUUCAUGGCCAUGCAGACUGUGGACGAGAAAAAACAAACCAUCGACUUCGCUGCACCCAUGGUGAACGGGCAGGCGAGUGGUAAGAACGCGUAUGUGGCAACGAACGAGUUCUCUUAUGCCGGCGAUUACGCGGACGGCAAGUUUUAUCCUCUGCAAAAACAUCGUCGCACUCACGGUAGUUCUUACUGCAAUCGUGCCUUACAAAGAAAACGACGGGUCUCUCAGGAGGCAACUCAACAUAAAAAACUCCGUUUGCCAUGCUGAGAAAACUAUCCUAAGAUUGAAAUUUGCAUAUACGAUGACUCACCCAGUGCUGCGAUGCUUCUGCAAUCCAUAAGUUUGACGGGCAGGGGGUCUUGAACGUGAAAGAAGGCGCGCUGAAGAAGUUCCAGGGCUUGAAAAAGUACGACGGCGAGUGGAAGGACGGUCUGAAGCACGGGAAAGCGGUCAUCGAACACAUUUUACGCAUUGGUGCAAAAGUAGACGUUACCGCAAGUCCAAAAUUGGAAUUGCACGACAAGCUUGCGCAGCAUGCAGCAUACAAUUUGUGAUAGCUGAUUUGGCUCAGAAACGAGAUGUCUCAUGCGUGACUGCGAUUGGAAGUGAAACUCUGUAAGAUAGCGAGAACACAACUUUUGCACAGGAUGGAUUUCCACCACCAACGACGUCUCCAACGUGGACGGGAAAUUUAUCCAGUGCAGUUCAAAAACUACGCAGUUUCCACCGAGUUAUUAUGCACAGUCUACAUGGGUAGGAAGUUUGUCAUGCUGUGGCUCCUCAUCACAGGCAUUGUUUUAUUGUGACGGCAGGACUGAAAGUGCGUAAGCUUCAGCUUCUUCUAAGUCCGGCACUAAACGACAUGCCCAAGAAGCCACCCAAACUACCUGUCACGCGCGUCGACCCCCAAAGAAAAUCUACUUCGAGUUUUCUAGCAGAAAAAGUCCUCGCCCUCGCAACGUAUUAAUUCUGCAGCGGGAACCAGGUGGAAAAAAGUAGUUUUCGCACAGGAUAGAAUUUGAGAAGGGAAAGCUCUCCGAGGUGACGAAAAUCGUCUGCACGGGCGGGAUCAAGAAGGAUUCCUACAAGAUGAUUCAAGAAGGCAAGCAGAAGGUCCUCGUUUUCAGCGUGGACGGUAGCAAAAAGGAAGUGAAACUCACCGUUCCGAGCGGCGACGUGGGGAAACUAAAACAGAAAAACCUCGACAUCAACGGGCCAAUCGACGUGAAAGCCGAGGGCUGCGCGAUAAAAGGAACCGUGUCGAAACACCAGCUGCAAGGAAAGGGUAAGGAAAUAGGAGAGUUCUUGCUGCGUCGCGUAAAUAUGAGCCACUUCAUCUUCUACAACUGCUGCAUUAUCAGCAAGUUGGCGUUGAUACUUCUGCUUCUGUACUUCGCGAGAAGGCACGACCACUUGAGCCAUAUUAAUAUUUUAAGUACAUUAUUUCGUCACAUCACACGACCCGUCAGGUCUCGUCGAGGGCGCCGGCGGCAAGUACGACGGAAAUUUCGCGAACAACCAACGCUCCGGCCAGGAUAUCCGGUGCAAAAGUAUCGUGCUCGUACUGAGUGCAGCAGUCACGCAUGGGAAAUCUUUUCUGAAAAGUUAAACCAGCACUACAAACUUGUCACGCUGAGCAAAUUUGGCAUGCACUUAGAACGAGUAAAGAGGCUUUUGCAAUGCAUACAGGGUGUCUGGACCUUCGGCGAGGAAGCCGUGUUUGAGGAGGAUGCAGUAUGAGAGAGCGCGACAAUUAGUAGUCCCAUUCAGCAUCUUGUUUCCCCCUAUUUGUCAUGCGAAAGCUUUACAGUUGCACCCGUUACCUAGUAGCACUACGCUGCAUGACAAGUUGAAGCACUUGCUCAAGCAGCACUGGGAUUCAUGUACUAAAAAAAUACGAAUGAUUCACUGUCAUGUCAUUAACAUUUCUAGCACCUGUUCUGUUGUUGGUCCUUCAUCAUGUUCAUUCCAUACGGAAAUGAGGGGAAAAUAAACUAAAAGGGAGCUGCACAACAGUUCUCCAACGUUCAUACGCAGCCAAGGGCAACUACAAAGGCACUACCGUGACGUGCGAUGGGGUCACCGGAAAGUUCGACUCCGAUAAACCAUAUUAACCAGAAAAGUGUUAGCGAUAAUGUAGUUACACGGACUUUGUGAUGUAGCAGCGCAUGCAGAAAGAACUACACACGAAAAGAAUUUGUAUAGCUUGGCAUGCGUGAUAGACAAAAUUUGUGAUGCAUGGCUGUCAGCUGUGAGAACCUUUACGCAUUAACACUGUUUUGGUUGAUAGGCCAACCGGAAAAUUCAAGGUGGAAAUCGUGAAGGACGGCAAGAUAUGCAGUGCAAAUUUAAAUGUCGAUCAGGGUCUAGAAUGAAUCUUCAUGUUGUGCUGAUGCUAAGAAAGUACUUGGUGUGGAGGUCCGGAAGAUCAUUGACAGGUAUCAACUUUCAAAAAUCUUCUUACGCGACCACGCAUGAAAAGUGUAGUUGCUGUGGAAGUAGUACGACUACCUGGCGUCGUACUUAAAAUGAGCCGAGCGACGACGACGAGUCGCGUUUUUGCGCGCCGCAGACACACAUAUAUAUGAAUGGCGCCACUUUAGUAGAGCGAAGACGCAGACCACUUUUGUCUCGUGUCAGAGUCAGCCUCAGCCAUGGAGCAGAAUGACAAUAUAAUGUUUUGCAAGCUGUUUCUGCACCCAGAUGUAGUUGACAAAAUGUUUGCAAUGCAUACAAGAAGGUGGGCACUGUGAACUACACGUGCCUGAAAGCGGGCGACAAAGCUCGCGUGAACAUGCUCUCCUGCCCGCCGGCCUGCUGCGCCGCACCGCUGCCCGCCGGAAUGCUGGACGAAAAGUUUCCGCGGACCCAGGCCUUGCCGUUCGGCGCUGUCGGCGGUAUCCCGCUGGAGUUCAACGACAUUACAAUUAAGGUGGAGUACCCAGCCAUCACACCCUGGGGCGAGGCGCUGAAAUUCUAGACGAAAAAAAAAUCACAUCAGCGUUUCGGUCAACAGCCAGCACCGCGAAAAAGCGCUGGUGCUGGCUGCAAGGAUAUAUUUCGAGAAGGUACUUUUAGUACUCGUCGAGGUACAAGUAAUUUUUUAGUCCUUUACUUUUUACAGACAUGUCUCAGAGAAACACACACCAACAUCCGUAGUUUCCGUAGUAUGUAUUGAACAAGAAGAAGAAAGCAAGUAGAUAUGAUUUAGAAAAACUCCAAAAUAUGAUUAUCUGCACGUAGAAAUUUAUCUAAAGAUGAUCCUUACAGCACGAGGCGACUGACGUGGAAGAGAGACGAAGUCUCAACUUUGACGGCGCGAAACUAAUCACUUCAUCUAGCCAUGAUUUCUUUGAGUUUGAGCAGUUCUCGAGUCGGAAGGUGGGACUAUCUCAGACAAUCGCAGUAUCCUGUUACAUCAUUUUCCUUGGAAUUAUAAAAAUCAAUACUCUAUUGUGCUGUCUGAAAUGAAGGGAUAUGCAUAAUGAUAAUCUUUGGGAAAGAAAAAACACGUGGGAAUAGUGGGAAUAGAUAAUGGUCGGGAAGCUUCCGAUUUUGUGUAGCUGCAAAAUUUGAAUCAAGAUGAACUAUGCAGUUCGGGAUUUUUCAACAACACGAAAAUUCUUUACGUAGACCACAUAAAUAUCGAGAAAACUUAAGAAAAUUUUCCGCAGUCUCACGACCCCCUCCUGACUUCUUUAUCUCUGCAACUGCAGCAAGAGAAACUGCAUAUAUUUGUGGCUUUUAUUCUUGCAGGGCUUUUGGGCGAUGGUGUAAUCGUAAUGGGAACGGGAGAUGCGAAGAUUGACCAAUAAUCAAUGCUGAUGAUUUUUUAUCAAAAAAGUACGAGUUUUUAACCACAUGACAACUAAGUAGAGAGAAAGUAACUUUUUCGAAAACGAAAUCAUCAUGGGCGCGGGCGUUGCAGCUCUAGAAGCCAGUCAGAAAAUGAAAUAAACAGUGAAUCAAAGAAGUUUCGAUUAUUCGUUCGAUAAUGUUUGGCAGAAUGAAAAUAAUUUUAUUGAAAUUACAUGAAGUACUACCGAAAAAAUCAGAAAGAGACCGUUUGGAGAGCAGAGGCUUGUGACAAUUACGGCGGCCUGACAAGAAAGCUUUCGCUUCUCCUCUUGGGAGACCGGAAAAUAGAAAUAGUGGC